CAGGUCGAGAAGCUGUGGAUCCGCAGCCGCGUCCCCGAAGGCGCGGUGCCCGGGAACUACUUCGCGGCGCGCCUGCCGCUGCCAGGAUCGGGCAAGAAGGAGGCGAAGGAGCCGGCCUCCUCGAGCGACAAGGAGGGCGCUGCGCCGCUGCUGGGGCCCGAGGCGACCGAGGGGUCAGGCAUCGGCGCCUGAGGCGUCCCGGCCUGUCGGGCGUGGGCCGCGUGCCGUCGCCGUCCGUUCGGUGCGCGGCAAUGGCCAACUUCGUUUCACGGCUUGCCCAGGCGCCUGCCCAGACGUUUUAAUUUGCCUGUCCGGGUGAACAUAUCCAGUCGCGGCGGCGGGUCUCGGAUUCACGAAUUUUGUAAAAUUAGCAUAGACACCCCGCGGCAGAGCCGAGGGCACGAGCAGUGCGCGGCAGCGGCGCCAAAGGCGGCACUGCACAUUAAUUUUCGCACGGGCGCGGUGGCAGUGGCCCUGCCAUUGCUGUGCAGCCGUUACCAGGAGCCGUGCUUUGGCGGGGACCUCGGGGGAGCAGUGUAAGCCGCCUUUUGCCGCAGGCGUGUGGCACGUGUUUGGCGAUCCUCUCCUCCCCUGCCUCCUCUUCCUCCCUCCUCCGUCCUCAGGCGGGGCGCGCGCGUCUCCGGCAUUCGCUUUGCUUCGCUUCGCUUCCUCGCUUCGCUUCGUCUCGUCCGUCCUUCUGACUCUUUUUCGUACUGCCUUGUCCAGCGGCUCGUCAGGCAUUGCCGCAUGCUGCGCCAUGUCUGCCUGACCGUGCUCUUCGUUCCGGCGCUGGCGUGGCUCCUCUUGCGAGCGAGGCACUUGCUAUGGAUUGGCAGUCUUGACCCAGCACAGCUAAGCUUGGAAGGUGCCGCCGUGCUGGUCACAGGUGCCGCGUCGGGCGUGGGGCUUGAGGCGGCCAAGUUUGCAUGCAGCGGUGGCGCUACGGUCCUCGUCCACGCUCGCAACAGGAGUGACUCAGCGGCUGCCUCGGACGUCGUGCUGGCAGCCUGCAGGGCCGCACGCGGUGGUGGCCAUGAAGGCUGCCGCGCGGACGCUGUUCGCGCUGUCUCGGGCGAUCUGGAGGGGCUGGUUGCACCAGCCUGCAGUGCAUGCUUCUUUUGCUUGCCAAAGCAGUACGUCUCCCCUCUUCGCCGUCGUCGGCGCCGUCACUGGGCGUCCAGCGGAUAAGUGGAGUUAUACUUCGCACCAGUCGGUCACGCGCGUUUGCGUUUGUCUUAUCUGAGUGAGGGGGCCGAACGGUCAUUCACUGUCCCUGG